AUGGAGCCUCUUGAGCCGAUUCUAUCGGGUUUUAACAGUUCACGGUCCUGUCCGGUUCGAACGGUUCGCAGUCGGUUCAGUGGUUCCUUCCGGUUCACUAGUAGCGGUUUAACCGGUGUUGAAUGGACCGGACCAAGCAGCGGUUCCCGAUUAAACCGGUUGAACUGGCCAGUCCAGUCCGGUUUUCAAAACACUAGGAAAGAUUGUGUUCAUUAUUUUUGUUGGGAGUACCGUGUUAGAUAUUCCAAAAGUGUUGAUUGCUCACACCCAACCCCGAGACGUAGUGGAAUCGGUAACAGAAACACGGUGGCCACUGGUCCCCGGGACAAACGCUGUACGUUGACUAGCACCACAGGCUUUGCUAUUAAUUUCUAUAAUUUAUCUGACCAACUCAUCACUCUCAAUCCAGGUUUUUCGAAGAUCAUGAACAAAGCUAUGACAGAAACAAGCUCUGCAAUAACACUUGAAAAAACUCCAACAUGGGCUGUCGCUGCUGUUGUUUUUGUCUUGAUUUCUAUCUCCAUUUUUAUCGAACACUUAUUUCAUCUUCUAGCUAAGUAUUUCAAUAAGAGAAGAAGGAAAUCUCUUAUCCAGGUUCUUGACAAGAUCAAAUCCGAAUUAUUGCAGCUUGGGUUCAUUUCAUUGCUGUUAACUGUGAGUGAAAAGCCAAUUGCAAAUGUAUGCAUCCCCAAGAGUGUAGGUGAAACCUUUCUCCCUUGCAGUCAUCCUUCAAAUGAUAGCCCUGAAGAAGCAAAAUGUGAAGCUCAGGGGAAGGUCUCAUUGUUGUCUAGAGAAGGUGUGAAUGAACUUCAGUACUUGAUAUUUGGGCUGGCUUUCUUCCAUUCUUUAUCGUGCGUACUCACAUUUAGUCUUGGCAUGGCAAAGAUGAGGAGAUGGGAAUCUUGGGAGUCUGAAACAAGAACAUUAGAAUACCAAUUCUCAAAUGAUCCUAGGAGGUUCCUCCUUAUCAAUCAAACACCAUUUGCAAGGCGACAUCUCAGGUUCUGGAGUGAAUACAAAUUUCUUCGUUGGCCGGCGUGUUUCCUUCGGCAGUUCUAUGCAUCCGUCUCUAAAGUUGACUACUUCACUCUUAGACAUGGAUUCAUCACGGCACAUUUUUCAGAGGGAAGCUACUUUGAUUUCCAAAAGUACAUAGAAAGAGCUUUGGAAAAGGACUUUGGAGUAGUAGUUGGAACAAGCCUCUGGGUUUGGAUUUUCUCAAUGUUCUUCAUAUUCUUGAAUGCACAUGGUUUUUAUGGUUAUCUCUGGCUUCCUUUCAUUCCACUAUUGAUGUUAUUGCUGGUGGGAACUCAACUUCAGGGCAUCAUCACAAGGAUGUGUUUGGAAAGCCAUGAGAAAUCUCAAGUUGUGAGAGGAACUUUCCUUGUUAAGCCUAGUGAUCAUUUCUUCUGUUUUGGUCGCCCCAAGUUGCUUCUCCACCUUAUGCACUUGAUACUGUUCCAGAAUUCAUUUCAACUGGCAUUCUUCACAUUGACUUGGUACAGAUUUGGAUUAAGAUCAUGUUUCCAUAGAAAGACUGAAGAAAUUGUGAUAAGACCAGCGGUGGGAGUUUUGGUUCAAAUCCUUUGUGGAUACGUUACUCUGCCUUUAUAUGCUUUGGUCAUUCAGAUGGGAACAUCAAUGAAGAAAGCCAUCUUUGGAGAAAAAGUGGUGGAAGGUUUGAAGAGGUGGAGAGCCAAUGCUAGGAAAAACAUUGCACUAAAAGAUAAUACAACAUCAUUUGAUGCCUCUCCUUCACUUGGAACUCCACCUUCUUUCAGACUCGAUAUUGCUGGUCGUGAAAAAUCGGACCGGCCAUCGGACUCAGAGUACCUUGCCAUCGGGUAAUUGGUGCAAGGAGAGAAGUAGAAGAUUGUCAAAAGAGAGAUUCUUUUGAUGUGAGAAAGGUAUAUUGAAAAAACUUUGAAAACCGUCGCUAAAAGUGUCUUCUAUGAGCAAUAUUUGGACAGAUUUUCAUGCUUAUACUGACGUUCUUUUUUUCUGUCCUCGUAUGUGCAUUUUAUGUGUACGUCGGAACAGAGAUUGAAUUUUAUUUUCUUGA